GGGAAAGCGUGCAGUGAAAGACUGCUGCAGCUGAGCGCUGCUUUCAAAGUCAGGUCUUCAUUUCAGCGUGGCUCGCAUGUGGACCGAUCCACUUCGCUACCCGACAACACGACCAUGGAAAGAGUGCUUUGGUGAGAAGAUUCUGAUUGUUUGUGGUAUCCGGGGCACUGCUCCCCUCCAAAUGAAACCAAGCCGCCUCGAGCAUCUGGGAGCCUUUAGAGUCUCUGCAGUGACUCACACAUGAACGCAAGCAUGUAUUGCGACGGGCCGUGUCCCAACGUCACGUGCAACGAGAGCUUCACGGUCAAGGGCGACAGCAAACCGGCGACGAGCAUCAUCAUGUUCUUGGCCGGCGUGGUGGGAAACCUCCUGGCGCUCUUUAUCCUGGGCGUGCACCGCAAAGAGCACCGCUCCACCUCGUCCGUCUUCUCCAUCCUUGUGACGGGGCUCGCCCUUACAGACCUGCUGGGCACGUGUCUCCUCAGUCCGCCCGUCUUCAUAUGUUACGCCCGCAACGUGUCCCUCAUAGGCCUGGGCAACGAUACACUGUGCCAGCUCUUUGGCUUCGCUAUGAGCUUCUUCGGCCUGGCGCCCACCCUCAUCCUCUGCACCAUGGCCGUGGAGCGCUGCCUGGCCAUCAGCCACCCGUACUUUUACUCUAUGCACAUCCGCAGAAGCUUCGCCAAAGGGACGCUCAUCGCCAUUUACCUCUUUUCCCUGGCUUUCUGCCUGCUCCCGUUGUGCGGCAUCGGCAAGUUCAGGCAGUACUGCCCCGGGACGUGGUGCUUCAUCGACAUGGACGCCACGGGGGAUGCCAACGCCGAGCGGGUUCAGGCCUUCUCGCUGACGUACUCUUCGCUCAUGGCGCUGACCAUCCUGGCUGUGUUCGCCUGCAACGGCUCGGUGAUCGUCAGCCUCUGCCAGAUGCACCGCAGCCAGAUGAUGCGACGAGGCUCAGCCGGCUCCACGGGCAGGAGGAGGAAGCUGAGCCUGGCCUUGUUCGGACGCGGCGAGGAGGAGAUUGACCACCUGGUGCUACUGGCGCUCAUCACUGUCAUCUUUGCCGUCUGCUCACUGCCACUCACAAUCGCCGGCUUCAUUAACGCCAUUCACCCGUUUUGCGGUGACGACGAGAACCUGACCGCCUUCCGCUUCUACGCCUUGAACCCCAUCGUGGACCCGUGGGUGUUCAUCAUCUGCCGCAAGUCGGUCUUCCGACACCUGUGCUCGCUGCUGAGCUGCCGCUUCGGUUGCGGGGCCGCCGUCAAGACCCCGGCUCACUGCGCCGCCCUGCCCUUGCCCAAGGAGGGGCACACGAUCCCGUGUAAACCGUCAGAAGUGACGCAGAGCGGCUGCUACUUGGGUUUGCCCACGUCGCCCAAAACAUGAUGGACUCGUGUCGAGAAACUCUGUUGGACAUCUCCAAACCUGCACUGUUCCUGACGAGAGGUACGGACUUACGUGCAAUCCAUGGGACUGACUGGCACGAGGCGAGUUGUCCCUUGGAUGUUAGCACGAAGGAGGACAUUGAUGUCACAUAGUCGCCGAGGGAUUUUGCAUACUGUACAAUCACCCUUGGCCAUAACUUUUUGAACAUCUGCGCUGCGUAGUGACAGCUAAUGCAAAACAACUUUGGAUGGACACUUUUCAGUAUUUCGAUCUGCCCACUUUUGUUGGCGUAGGGUUAAAAAAAAAAUGCAACGUUGCCGAUCUAUCAUAUGCCACUUCAGCGAGUCCUCAGUCUAUGACUGAGAUCCGUUCCUACAGUAGCGACUAAACUCGAAUUUUGACUUAAGUCGGAUUCCACCAUUAAAGUCAGAAUUUACAUCAAAAUACUUUGUAUAAAAAAAACAAAUACAGUGAAAUAAACAACAUUACUGCUGAGAGGUGGAUGGAGAAGAAGAAGGGGGGGGGGCUGUGCUUAGCUAUUGCGAAGGAACCUGGUCCUCAAUCCUCUCCAUCUCGACAAGUAUCAAAGAAGCUUGUUUUGUGAUCAUUGUAUCCGACACAGGAACGGAACCCUUCACAUGCACUUAAAAUACGGGGUUUGUCUCUAAUAACUGUCACCACGGUCGACCGACUGAAGCCUUGAUGGUGUUGAUGUCUCUCCUUCCUCCAAUCUUUUUCUGGUCUUGAGCUUCAUUUCCAUGGUCAUGGAUUUUCUUUUGGCUACAGAAGCGUUGCUAAGAGACUCAGCUUUCUUCUUUGGGGCGAUAAUGUCCAAAAAGGAGGGCGAAAAAUGCGCAUGAACAUGGACAAGCAUUAGCCAGACAAAAUGGCAGACAGGGAAUGGGCGUUGUAAAGUUGAAAUGUCUUAGGUUGAGACUGUCUUAAUCCGAGGACUCUCUUGUAUAGACAAACCAUAGAAUUCCCUGCAAUAUUUGGCUCCAAAGAAAAUGGUCCACUUUCUGUUCAAUUUUCGCAGUACGAUAAACGUUCAUCCAAUUUCAUGCUGAAUGGUAAAGGGAGAGAUUCGCCCAAAAUAGGUGACUUGCUAGAAUUGUCCACGGAAUUUUUCUUAUUGAGUGGUCGUCAGUGGCAAAAUCAUUGUGAGAAUCCUUGGCAUGACCAUCAAAAGAUGACACCAUACGCUGGUAAAACUGCAUUGAUUAGAGACUCUAAAUUGCACUUAGGUGUGAUUGUGAGUGUGAGUGGUAGUGAGUUUCUAUGUGCCCUGUGGUUGGCUGGCAAUCAGUUGAGGGGGUACCCUGCCUCCUGCCCGAAGAUAGCUGAGAUAGACCUCGUGCACCUACGUCAUCAAAUCACGUCACUCGCCGGAAGUGCCGGUCUAGCAACAGACACCAUUAAACAUUUAGAAGGUGAUAAACGAAGGUAUGUGGAAAAAUGAGAGACACUUGACAUAGAGGACCCAUAUUUAAUAAAUCGAUGUUUUCGCCGAUAAGAAAGCGGACUAUUAACCCGCUUGCGCUUGUCUUGGACAACUGGAUCUACACAUGGAUCUGGUGAGUAAGUCGUUGAGAUUUACACGGAAGAGUUUGAAAGCGUAGAAAAGUGUGGACACAUACAAAUACUUCGUUGCUGGAACUGUUCUCAAUCACGAAUAAAUCCUAGUGAUGGAGCCACUACGACUUUUUCAAUACAAAUACCAAUAUUUAAAUAAAUUACCCCUGGUUUUACACAAACUCGCAUUCAUUAACUAUGAUUGGGGGACAAAAAAAAAGUCGGCUCCUCGUACACGGAAGCGUGUUGGAGCCACACGUUAAACUUCGCUAAACAAAUAUGCUUAAAUGGGCAUUGUUCUCAAAUGAGUCCAAUGCGUAUUUAAAAAAAGAAAAUAAACCACUGGGAUAGGCUUCAGCCCCUUUACACGGAAGCGUGUUGCGGCUGCACAAUGAACUUCGAUGAACCUCUGUGUGACUGGUGGUUUCUUUUCUUUUUUUUUUUUUCAAUACGCAUUGGACUUUUUUUUUUAAUAAAUAUUGGACUCAUUUGAGAACAAUGCAUAUUAGAAAAAAAAAGUCUGUCAGGGAGAGGUUUACCGUGUGGUCGCAACAUGCUUUGUGUACGUUGGAGAGGACUCCGUUUUUUUUUUUUUUUUGUUUUGUUUUUAAACGAAUUUUUGUCAAAUGAGCCAACUUGGCAUUAUAAAUACUUCUUGGGAAUUUGAGAUUGAGAAGAAUAAUUCCUACCUGAAAUAAAGAGAUCACUACACAGGCAUGUGUGUAUUUUGGUUUGGCACCAUCCAUCAUGUUUAAUUGCCGAAAUCCAUCGAUAUUUUCUGGUCUUUUCAGAUGAUAUUCCACAGAAUUGUCUCUUUGAAUAUCUGUCUCAUCUGUUGUAACAACCAACAGCACAACAAGUCUCAGGCAUUGUGUAUAUUCUGCUCCGGUUCAAUGUCUCCCACAAUGUCGAGCAGCUCGGUUUGACAGGCAAUAUGGCGCCAUGAGAAUGGUGAUGUCACCUGCACGAGCUCUAUAGACUCCAUACUCCCGUGACCCUUGUGAGGAUAAGCGGCUAAGAAAAUGGAUGGAAGGAUUAUGCAUUUAUCAGUUGGAACGUGGCACUGAGUGAAAAGCAUAAGAAAUGAUGUGGAUAAUGAAAAGUCUACAAAUACUCCAUUUGGGAGCACUUUCCCUCAUAUUCUGUAUCAUGUGAAAGUUUUCUUGGUGAAACGUACACCGUUGAGAGUUAAAGAAUGCUUUUGUCUCAUUCACUGCACGUAUAUUCCAGUCCAAAGAGCUUCUGUUGUUUCCGCUAUGACAUCAGCCGGUGUUGUGAUUGUGCCUUUCAAAUGCGUAUUUGCGCCUCUUCACUGUUGUCACUGUGCCGUGUAUUUGGCACAACUUUCGGUUUUGUCGUUCAUCCGUGCAGAACGUCCAGGCCAAGUACAUGUUACGACCCUUUUCCGGGCUCCGCUAGAAUGAAUGUAAGAUUUGAUUUGUAAAUGUUCAUUCAAUAGCACGCUACACUAUGUUUUUUGUUUUUUUUUCUGUGAAAUUAAAUGUUACCAAAGAAAAACUGCGAUGCCUGUGUUUAGCGUGAUAUGUCAAUUGAACUGAUUUUGUGAGAUGACGCUUUUGUCAAUAAUCUGAAUGGUACUGUUGCACAUUUUGAAACACAAUGACAUGAAUAACUUUUAUGAAUUGAUACGCCUAAUAACCUGUGGUCAAAAUUGAUUCUACUUUCUACAAAAAAGUGGGAAACACAUUUUUAAAUGGUUACUUGGAACAAUUGUAACUGUAAUUUUACUUUAAAUGAUAAUCGCCCCCUCCCUUUUUUUUUUUUUAUAACUACAUGUAUAGUUGGUGUUCCAAAUUAGUCUUUUGUGUCUUUUGUCAUCCAGCAAAUAAAAAUCUACUUGAACUAAAAUGAAACAAACAUUGGGAACUACUUAAGACUGACUUCAAAAUAUGCAGACAAAACUUGUAAAAUAAUACAAUGACAAUAAAGAUUAAAUAAUACCAAACAAAAUAGGAAAACAGCUGUGAAGAUGAAAUGAAUACAGACAAAUACAAAAAAAUGUGAGAAACAGGUAACAGCGACGUGAGCAAGGGAGUAUUAAGGAGACUACACCAGACUCAGAGAAGAAAGCUUGAACUCAAAGUCAGGGUCCCGAAUGAAUUGCUUUUUAUUUAGGUCCAGUACAGGAGUAGACUCAGUACUGGAAGGUUGUCGGACGUAGGAUUAUAGACUGACAUAUAGUUCAGUGAUUCUCCUCAUGUAUGGGCUUUCUCUCGCUGUAGGUGAAAGAAUUGCUUGAUUAUAUUUGCAACAUGUUACAGUGGCGU